CUAGAGCCCAAACUGGACAGUGCUUUCUCCAAUGUGACGGUCAUCAUUGGCCAGACGGCUCUCCUGCUGUGUUCAAUAGAAAACCUCGGAAAGUAUAAGGUAGCAUGGUUAGACUCGAAUUCCAUAACGCUGACUUACGAGGAGAGGAGGAUCGUGGACGAUUCAAGAUUUGCCAUUGAGAGGCCCAACGUUGAAAACUGGCAUCUUCAAGUCAGAGAGGUGAGAAUGUCAGACGCCGGCCAAUACAGGUGCACCGUUAAUACGUACUUAGUUAAGAGGAAAGUCGUUCAUUUAUUUGUUAAUGUCCCGCCCACAAUUUUGGGCCCCUCUCCCAGCAAAGAAAUCAUCGUAGUCCACGAGGGGGCCAACUUAACGAUCGCAUGCAACGCCACCGGAAGUCCACAGCCGGAAAUCACGUGGUCGCGU